AUGUUUUGGGCGUUAAAGGAGCGGUUCGAUAGCAUCUCAUGCCAACUCAGGGUCGUUCGCAUUAUAGGAUUUCGUGGGAAAGAUCUCGAAAUCAGCUUUGUUUCUUACUUGAUUAUUAAUGCCACAGUGUUGGAUGAGCUUGUGAUCCAAUGCAACGACGACUGUUCAAGAGCAGGAGCGAUCGCCACGAGGGGAUUGCUGUCGGUGCCAAGGGCUUCAAUCGACGUUCGCAUAGUCCUGAAGCCAGGGAAUGAUUACUUGGCCAAGGAAGUACUAGAAAAUGGAAGCAGAGGGAAGGUUGGAAUGAAUUUGGAAGAGGUGAUUGAGAAUUGCAAAGCAUUCUGUUUUGCUGGCCAAGAAAUUAAGCACCUCAAAUUUGCUGCUGUUGACUAUGGUUUUGCUGAGUAUUUACCCAGAACGCAAGUGCAGCUUUUGUUACCAGCAAUGUACUCAAGUUGUUGUGAGAUGACAAGCAAAUGGGAAGCGUUGGUCUCAACAAAAGGGUCGUGUGAGCUGGAUGUAUGGCCUUAUCUUUGUAAUUUGACAGCGGAUGUGAUUUCUCGAACAGCAUUUGGUAGUAACUAUGAAGAAGGGAAAUUGAUAUUUGAACUCCAAAAAGAACAAGCUCAUAUUGUGAUGCAACGUUUGCAGUCAAUUUACAUUCCCGGAUGGAGGUUUCUACCGACCAAGACAAACAAGAAGAUGAACAAAAUAUACAAUGAAAUGGGAGCUCUAUUGCACAAUAUGAUCAACAACAAGCUGCGAACGAUGAAUGGAGAAGAUGGUUGUACUGACUUGUUAGGUAUGAUACUGAAAUCAUAUCUGAAAGAUAAGCAUCAGAAACAGGAAAGCCAGAACAUCACGCUAACAAUUGAAGAUAUAAUCGAUGAGUGCAAGGUAUUCUACCUUGCUGGGCAAGAAACCACCGCAGUUCUACUUGUUUGGGCAAUGGUCUUGUUGAGCAAGCAUCAAAAGUGGCAAGCUCUGGCUAGAGAGGAGGUAUUGGUUGUGUUUGGGGAUAACAAACCAGUUUUUGAUGGGUUAAAUCAGCUCAAAACUGUAACCAUGAUCCUCCACGAAGUUUUGAGGUUAUACCCACCAGCAACCUAUAUUCUUCGUAGCGUGAAUAAGAACACAAUGAUUGGAGGACUUGCCCUACCAGCUGGAGUGGAGAUUAUUGUGCCGACUAUCGCAAUUCACCAUGAUCCUGAAAUAUGGGGAAAAGAUGCAAACGACUUCAAGCCGGAGAGGUUUUCUGAAGGAAUUUCUAAGGCAAUGAAGGUCCCAGGCACAUUCCUUCCAUUCGGCGGGGUUCCCAGAAUAUGCAUUGGACAAAACUUCGCACUAGUGGAAGCAAAAAUAGCCUUGGCAGUGAUUCUAAAACGCUUCUCUUUCCAGCUUUCUCCUUCCUACGUGCACGCCCCUUCCCUUGUGUUGGCAGUCCAACCCCAACACGGUGCUCGUUUGAUCUUGCAAAAGAUAAUCUAGGAUCCCAACAUAUACUAUCAAAAAAAGUAAAGGGAUGAAUUGAAGUGUUUUGGCUCGAUUUUGGAGCUGUCUAGAUCAGUUUUUCUCUCUUAUUUGUUUUCUUUAUUUGGUUUGGUUUCUCCAUUUGCUUUUCGGAUAUGUUUGGUUUGUUGUUUUCCCAAUAUCAUGGCCAUCAACAAUCGCCGGGUUGCCGUUGGGUCCUUCGGGGGCCCGCCGCACAACAUGAAUGACAAACUUACCCGCCCGGUUAUAGCUGAAUCAAAGUUCUUGGUUCAUGUAAUUUUACUCUACCA